AUGCCCAAGUUCUUGGAGCCGAUCGGAGAGACUGACGAUGCGGAGGACACGUCCAUCAUUGUGGUCGACUCCCGUGACGAUCGUAUGGUGUCGCCGUUCCAGACAUGGCUGGUCAGUGAGAUCAUGUCGAAUGCGGCAUCAUCGAUCAAUGUCCUCACAGAGAGGGACCAAGUCAUGCCUCCCAGUUCGGGUUUUCACAUCUCGCUCUUCGCCAACUACACGCUGGAUGGAAUCAAAGCUGUUUUGGCGAUCGCCGUGGAAGCCGAGACAGGGAACACAUGCGCGGGAUGGGAUGCAGGUGCGGCUCAAGCCCUUUCCCAUCCUGCAUUCCAGCCAUUUUCAUGGCCAAUGCUGCGGGAUACAUCCGCAUCCUACACCGACAUCAAGAUCUACAAUGGCAACGAGAUCCUCUUUCACUGGGUCUUGAGGGGUUUUAGAUCCGACACUGACCUGACCGUCCAGACCCAGUUCGUGGACGAAUUCUUCGUCAGGGAGGUCAACAAGGGAAAACCCCGCCUGUCGAUCGUGGUGGCGGUCUUCGUUGGUUGGAGGGUGUCGGUCAUGAGCUUUGAAUGUGGGGGCCGCACCUAUGCUCUGGGCCCGGGCGGCUCUGUUGUAGCGGGCGACUCUGCUCGCUCGAGAUUUGAGCUGCGGGUGUGCUCCAGAGCAUCGAUCGAUGCGGUCGGAAACGAUGCAGAUAGGCUGGAGUUCCGCUAUCGUGAUGCCAACAACCGGAUGGACCUGAAGUGCUCUCGCACCUCUGUACCGGGCACAUGGCUCACGGUGUCCCAUAUCUCAGGUCCGACAUUGAUCAGGACCAUCACAUCGGUCCGUGAAAACAAGGCCCGUGUGGAAGGGCCAGAGCAGACAGAGCAGUUCGCUCAGCUUGCGGCAGUUCACGAAGGCUGGUGGAAGAAGUCUAUGGCUCAGGAUGAAGACGACGUUGGCUCCUUGGUUGUCUUCGUGGAUGGUCUGGAAGAAGGGAAUUUCCACGUCCAAGCUCGCUCCAAGCUUUUUGUGAGAGCUCCAGAAGUGGUGACCGUUCGUGCCCUUGCUGAAAUGACUCAUCAGGAGUCGAAGCCAGCGCCGAUCGGCCCUCCCUCUCUGACAGCCGAGGCAUGGCUCACUAGCAGCGAGGCGGUCCAGGUGAACGAGGAGGAUCCCACAGGCGAAGGUACUGUGGUGGCGGUCAGGCGACAAACUGGCAUGGAGCUCAACCAGCGCUCGUUCAGCACGCGCCAGAUCAAUGUGCUCAGCAAAGGGGAAGCAUGCCAUGUUGAAGAUGCAGAGCGCGAUCGUGCACGGGACGACCGUAGAUUUGCUCGCUCGACUGCUGGCCUGACGCCGGCGAUCUUUGCCGAGGAGAUGAUGCGCAGAGCAUGCAACGUCACCACCGCCGUGAUCGAGGAGGUGGAGCCUGGUCAGUCGGGGAUGGGCGGAGUGGCUCAGCAUGGUGAAGGUCAGAGCAGCAACAUGCAGCGCUCGACUGCAGCACAGGGGCCAAUGAGUUUCUCGCCUUCGUUUUUGUGCUUACCCAUUUUUGAUGAUUGUUUUAGAUCUGUCCUGCGACAUCUUGGGCUUGAUCAUGUCGAGUACUGGCUCGCCUUGUCGGGGGACGACGCUGAGACGCCUGAUGCCAAGAUCUCAGCAUUGCUCCCGGCUCUUACUGGCGAUCAAGAGAUCCUAGAUAAGAUGCUGCUCAGACUUGACAUGGUCAACUUGCUGGCCGCGAUGGUCGCAAGAUCGGCCAAGAAGGUCCGCGCAGAGAUUGCCGCAGAUCUGGGCUACGGCUUUGCUGAGCCGCCGCGGGUUGGGUCUAAACGGCCCGCCGGAGAGGUGCAGCACGAGGUGCCGCUGAAGACGGCGUUCGACCCUCGGCCGGUCGGCCCAGGAUCCUGCAUUGAGGUCGCUUCGAUUCAAGAAGCUGAAUGCGGGGAAAAGAAGAAGUGGGGCCUGCGGCUCCAGCAGAUCUGCCAACGUGCCGGCUCGGCUGCAGCGAUCAAUGACCCCGCCAAAUGCGCAGGGCUGCAACCAGCCGAAGCAGAGCGCUUGAAGGCGCUCGCCUUUGAAGCUGGUGGCUUCCGAACGAUCCGUCAGAAUGUUCGGAACUGGGAAAAGUUUGAGGAAUGGGCUGUUGCCCAAGGCCUCAGAGUUUAUCCACCCACCAUCGUGGCCAUUAUGAGAUACGCCAUUCACAUCUCCGACCAAGGGUGUGGCCCAGCAGUUCUGCCCUCCUUCAAGUAUGCGGUCGGUUGGAUCUGCAAGAGGCUGGCUAUGGCGUGCCCCGAAAUGGGAGACGCGCGCUUCAAAGCUCUCAUUGACAAGGUCCACGCUGAGCGGGGCAAAGAGCUCAAAGAAGCAGUUCCUUUACCACCUAAGCUGAUCGUUGCCUUGGAGGUGCUCCUCGCUCGCCUGAUCUUUGAGAACAGGAAAGCAGCGGCAGUGAUGACGUGGUGGGUUCUCAUUUUGAUCUAUGCCUCGCUCAGGUUCGACGACGGGGUCCAAGUCUCCCCCACAUCUCUUCAAAUGCAGGAUGAUGUGCUGCUCGGUGUGGUCUGGCAGACGAAAGUGGAUCGCAAGAAGCGGGGCACGAGGUUUGCAGUUCCGGCGUGUUCUAUUUCCGGCGCAGAGUGGCUGAAGAUGGGUUGGGAGAUCUUCCAGCCCAUGGUGACUGAUCGCGACUAUUUCAUCGGCGAGCUCAAGAAUGAGAAGGAGUUCAACCCUUCGCCCAUCACCUAUUCGAGAGGGCUCUCUUGGCUCAAGAGCUUCUUAUUGCAAGGUCUGAUGGAAGCUCGGAAUCUCGAGCUGGUCGCGGUCAACGAGCUCAACGGGCUGGAAGACGCAGUGCGUGAGGUCACCUGGCACUCCAUGAGGGUCACCAUGUUGGCUGAAGCUGUGAAAGCCAGGGUCGACGACAAGAUCGUCGGUCUUCAGGCGAACUGGAAAGAUCCCAGUCAGCUGGUCCUGAAGUACGCCAGACAAAGAAAAGAGCUCUCCGUCGCCAUGGUCAAAGAGAUGGCCGACAAGUUCCGGAAGAGCUGGACUCCGAAUCCGGAGGAGUUCGUUGUGGAGGAAGAAGACGAAGAGGUGACAGAACCGGUGGUCAUCGAGUUCAUCGUCAAAGCUCAGCUUGCGGAAAAAGGAGUGCCCGCCAGCAGUGAAGGUGAUCAACCGUCCUGUUCGAAGCCGUCAGUUGGUGGUCACGUUGAUCUGCGUGCUAUCAGCUCUCGGCCCGAACCCACCUGGUGUCAAGCACCGUCGCUCGUGUGCAUCAUGGUGGAUCGCACCGUGUACGCCGACGAGGCGCAUACACCCAAGAUCGCGCUGCGCCAGAUCUUUGGGCGGUUGGCUCUCAGAUCUGAGCUUUGCCGCGCGGCUGCUGAUGGUGGGCUGCUCAGUGUGGAGGUCUUCGCCAUGCUCGGUGACACGGCGACAGCCGUUAAGACAUCUCUGCAGACACUGCUCCCAACAGCUACACUGGGCACCGAUGCUGCUGCCCAGGAGCUCUCGCUGAUGCAGCUCGCGGCAGUGUGGCAUUCCUGCUUUGCUUUACAAGGGCAGUUCGCCACACGCCGGGCCAGGAUGGAAGAGGAUCCCACCAAAAUCCCUGAAAUGGCUCAAGAAGAUCAUGCAGAGUUCAGGUCGCGCUUUGUCACAGCGCACCCCGAUGUGAUCCUCUUGGAUGCUAAGGAACCACAUAAGAAGUUCGUGGAGAAGCUCAGCCGCGACUUCUUGGUCCAUGGGAUGGUGCCGUUCUACACCGUGGCUGAGAUCCGCACCAGGGCCGACAGUAUCAUUCAGAAGUCCGGCCUCACCAAGAAUGCAGAGGAUCUCCUCACCAUUUCGAAGGCAGAUGAACCUGAUCAGGUCACUGAUGUUCACACUUUGUUGCAUCGGGUUCACGCUUUCUUUAUGGCUCUGGAAUACCUGCACAUUUGCACCUACUCAAGGAAAGCCGGACCUCUCCGGUACAUGCAAGAACUGGAGCAGUUCCGGGCUGAAUGCCCGGGAUUGCCAUAUUUGCUCGCGGCCGACUCCUUGAUCAGGAAGAAGGUCAACCGUCUGCAGGCGGAACAGCGCGAGGUCUACAGCACUUUUGAGCUGGCGCUGCUGGAGGUCCUCGAGAACCAUAAGUAUCUUUGGAAUGAUGCUCGCACCAAGGCGGCCUUGGCAAGGGUAGAUCGUACCAAGCCAGAACGGCCUGACCCCCAAGAUCAAGUGGUCGAAGCCGCUGUUGCUGCUCAGUCACCUUCCAAGCGCAAGAGAAAGCGCAACAAGAACAAGGGCAACAAGUCGGACACCGCAGAGGUCAAGCCUGUCCGUAAGGACCAGUUCGACAAAAAGAAGGACACCAAGGUCGACAAGGACAAGCGGAUCCCUGAGUCUGAGUGGAAGACGAUCUCACAAGCGGCUUCUGCGGUCUCCGGCCCCAAGCGCUGCCAUUACUUCAACUCUUCUAUGGGCUGCGCUCUGGGCGCCGGGCUCUCGCAGGCCGUCAGUGCUCGCGGGGUGCGGAUUUUGCCCCCCAUCGAGAUAUCACCCAACAAUUUUGUCCUGGAGCCAGUGGACAUUUUGGAUCCUGCAGUUUUUCGCCAUGUGAAACUUUUGAUCGAGGAGAAGCUGAUCCUUUUUAUUCAUUUUGGCACACCAUGUUCUUCUUUUAGCAUUGCUCGAAAAAACGAUGGCGGACCCCCGCCGCUCCGUGAUCGGAAGCAUUUGUGGGGGCGCCACGGGCUCAGCGAUUUGGAUCAGACAAAGCUCGAGAUGGGCAACCGAUUUUUGAAGCUUACUGUCGAGCUGGCUCAGUUGUGCCACGCUCGAGGGAUCCCAUGGUCAGUUGAAAACCCAGCGACUUCGUUCUUGUGGGCAAUGCCCCCCAUGCAAGCUCUAGCAGCGCUGCCUGGGGUUAGGUGCUUUGUGCUCGAUAUGUGCCGUUUUGGAGCUCCUCACAAGAAGCCUACGGCUCUGCUUUCUUCGGCAGAUCUUCAAGCUCUGGCUCUUGAGUGCGACAGUGAUGUUCGUCCUCACGUCCACGAGCCGCUCGUCGGCACAGUGAUCAUCGACAACAAGAAGGUCUACAAGACGAAGUUGGCGCAAGUCUAUCCCCCCGCGCUGUGCAGUGCGUGGGCGGCGGCCAUCUUUCCUGCCACCCCCGAUCCUUUGGCUGCGACUUUCGACAUGGUCACGGCCCCUGGGGAUCGAAAGCGGCCGGUCGGCCAGGAAUUGCCUUGGAAGCCUCACAAGCAGCAGAUCACUGCUGAGAAAGCAUCUGCUGCUGGUUACCAGCUCAAGCGCUCGGCUCUCCCGCCUUUGCUCGCGGUGGAACUUGAGCCAGGCCAGGCGGUGAAGGCAGCCUUGAACAUUCGCCACCCCUUCACCCUUGAGCCAGCCCUUGAGCCAGAUCUACAAGAGGCGCUCGCCAUGGUUGCUACACAGCCGGGUCAUGUGCUCGCUCACAGAUCAGGCGCUCUACAGUAUUGGGAAGCUCGUGCACGUGCGCUCUUGCCCGUGACUGACAAGAUCCUCUGCGCAGUGCCUGAUCAGCACCUGCGCCGCCUGUUGCGAGGAGUACCUGAUGGCCAAGCCCCACAGCUCGGCAAGGUCACGCACAUAGCUCUAUGGCGCGAGAUGCUCCAGGCGGCCAACUGCAUUGAUCACAAACUCGUGUCGGAUCUACUGCAAGGGUUUCCUAUAGUUGGCUCGAUCCAGCGCUCUAGGCGAUGGUCUCGCAUCCAGAAUGCCGAAGAGCUCCUCCCGGUGGACGAGCUCUGCAACAGGGCCUGGGAGUUCUCUGACAAGGUCAUAAAGAAUGUCAACAGAUGCGAGGUCACCGAGAACACCGAGAAGAUCUGGCUGGGUUCUGGACGAAAGAAAGGCUUACCGCCAGAUCGCCGUUUUGCCACAACAAAGAAGGUGGAGCGUGAUCGCUCUGAAACAGCCUUCGUCUGGCAAGAUCGCCUUCUUCGCUAUGAUAGGCGCCUGUUCUUGGUAGCCGCGUUCAACUUUUACGAUGACAAGUACGGGUUCGAACCAGAAGCUACUUGCUCCUCGGCUUUUGACGUUGCCCAGAAAGUUCACUGGUGGUUGGGCGCUCAGUUCGACCCCAAGAAGCUCCAGCUGUGCCAGGACCCUACUAUACUAGGGGUCACCUAUGACUUGAGGGCCAUGCACCUCAGGAUCAAGCCGUCGCGGAAAGAUGAGCUCCUGGAAGAGAUCGACGCGAUCCUGGAAGUUCAAAUUUUCCCACCAGGUCAAGCAGGCAAGCUCAGAGGCAAGCUGAUGUUCGGGGCGUCCCAGCUCUGGGGCAAGAUUGGAAGAGCAUUUUUGCGAUCACUGUCAGAAAGACAAUGUACAAAGUUCAACCACACUGCGCUGAACAAGGCGAUCGUCCUUUCUUUAGAACACUGGAGAUGGCUCAUUGUUGAGGGACCGCCCCGGCCCAUCCUUGAAACAAGACCGCGAUCUGCUGACUAUGUUCUGUUCACAGAUGGUAGUUUUCCACAUGGCAAGCCUGGCUCUCCCCUGAAGCCGUGGAUCGGCGGUGUUCUUUUCAAGAAAGGCGAAGUUCCGCUCCAAUUUGGUUGCGAGGUCGAUAGAUCUCUGAUCAAGAAGUGGUUGCCAAGAAAAUCACAGAUCGCAAUGGUCGAGCUCUUUGCUACGGUCGUGGCACUGAAGACGUUCGCGACUCACUUGGCAGAAUCUUGGUCGCUCCUUUUGGUCGAUUCUGAACCUGUUCAAGGAGCACUAAUGAAGGGCUAUUCUGCCCGUGAAGACGUCUGUGAGCUCGUAGGCUGCUGCUGCGCGCGAUCUACGCGAGAUGAAUCCAGCUGCUGUCAGCAUAUCCGUGAUGUCGGUCACUGCCGGCGCUGUGUGAUCCGU